AAUACUUGAUUAAACUUGAAUAGCUUGCCAUGGGAAGUGCACUGGAAACUCUAUGCGGUCAAGCAUUUGGAGCAGGGCAGAUUGACAUGCUAGGUGUAUACAUGCAAAGAUCAUGGGUCAUCCUCAACUCAACCGCUUUGCUCUUAAGCUUGUUGUACGUAUUCGCGGCUCCGAUUUUGAGGCUAAUAGGCCAAACGGAGAGCAUAUCGAAGGCCACCGGUGUAUUCUCGAUAUGGAUGAUACCGCAACUGUUUGCUUACGCGUUUAACUUCCCGAUGGCCAAGUUCUUACAGGCGCAGAGCAAGAUGAUGGUGAUGGCAUUGAUAGCCGGUUUGGCCUUGGUUCUGCACGUUGUAUUGAGCUGGCUCUUGAUGUUGAAGCUGGGAUGGGGUCUAGUCGGUGCUGCCAUUGUUUUGAAUACGUCGUGGAUUUUCACAGACAUGGCCCAGUUUUUGUACAUUAUUAGCGGCACUUUUGGUCGGGCUUGGACCGGGUUCUCCUGGAAGGCAUUUCACCAUUUAUGGGGAUUUAUUAGAUUGUCUAUAGCUUCAGCAAUAAUGCUAUGUUUGGAGGUAUGGUAUUUCACGGCAUUGAUAUUGUUUGCUGGAUACCUGAAGGACGCCGAGAUAUCAGUGGAUGCUUUGUCAAUCUGUAUGAACAUACAUGGAUGGACAGUCAUGGUAUCUAUCGGGAUGAAUGCAGCUAUAAGUGUUAGGGUUUCAAAUGAAUUAGGAGCAGGGCAUCCAAGAACAGCCAAAUUUUCAUUGGUGGUGGCAGUGACAUCUUCGUUUAUGAUAGGUGUCAUGGUCUCCCUUAUUCUCAUCAUCUUUAGGAAUGAUUAUCCCUACCUGUUUUCAAAUGACUCACGAGUUCAACAACUCGUUAUACAACUCACUCCACUCUUAGCCAUUUGCAUUAUCAUCAACAAUGUUCAACCCAUCCUUUCAGGAAUGGCCAUUGGUGCUGGAUGGCAAACUGUCGUUGCGUACGUGAACAUUGCAUGUUACUAUCUCUUUGGGGUUCCUUUGGGUCUCAUAUUAGGGUUUCUACUUCAAAUGGGUGUCCAGGGAAUUUGGUGUGGGAUGCUAUUAGGAACAGUCGUACAAACUUGUGUACUAUUUGGAAUGGUUUACAAAACCAACUGGAAUACAGAGGCUUCAAUUGCAGAGGAGAGGAUAAAGAAAUGGGGAGGUGAUGUUGACAAUCAAGAGGAGAAUCUGUUUUCCCUCAAUCUUGCUGGAGGAUGA